AUGGAGGCCAGAGUGGUGCGCGCAGUGCAGAAAAGGCAAGUGUUAUUUCUUUAUGUGUUUCUGGGAGUGUCUUGGGCUGGCGCAGAACCGCUUCGGUAUUUUGUGGCAGAGGAAACGGAGAGAGGGACCUUUCUGGCCAACCUAGCAAUUGAUCUGGAGUUGGGGGCGGGGGAACUGUCAGCUCGGGGACCUAGAAUCAUUUCAGAUGAGAACAUAGGAUUUUUACUCUUCAAUCCGCUUACUGGUGAUUUGCUUCUAAAUGAGAAAUUAGACCGAGAGGAACUGUGCGGACCCACAGAGCCGUGUGUGCUGCCUUUCCAGUUGUUACUUGAAAAGCCUUUUCAGAUUUUCCGUGCUGAACUAUGGGUCAGAGACAUCAAUGAUCAUUCUCCAGUAUUUCUAGAUCGAGAGAUUACAUUGAACAUAUUAGAAAGUACCACUCCAGGGGCAACAUUUCUCCUAGAAAGUGCACAGGAUUCAGAUGUUGGAAUCAACAACCUGAGAAACUACACCAUCAGCUUUAAUGUCUAUUUCCAUAUUAAUAUCCGUGAUAGUGGGGAGGGGAAUGUUUAUCCCGAAUUGGUACUCGAUAGAGUGCUGGAUCGUGAAGAGGUUCCUGAGCUCAGGUUAACCCUCACCGCCUUGGAUGGCGGCUCUCCGCCCAGAUCGGGAACCACCCUCAUACACAUCCUGGUUUUGGACAUAAAUGACAACGUCCCUGAAUUUGUAGAGUCCCUUUACAAGGUGCAGGUGCCUGAGAACAGCCCUGUUGGCUCGCUGGUUGUCGCUGUGUCAGCUAGAGAUCUAGAUACCGGAAGUAAUGGAGAAAUAGUCUAUGCAUUUUUUUAUGCUACUGAAAGAAUUCUCAAAACGUUUCAAAUCAAUUCAACAUCUGGCAAUCUUCAUCUUAAAGCUGAAUUGAACUACGAGGCAAUACAAACUUAUACAUUAACUAUUCAGGCCAAAGAUGGUGGAGGGCUUUCUGGAAAAUGUACUGUGGUGGUCCAUGUAACAGAUGUAAAUGAUAAUCCACCGGAACUUCUCAUGUCAUCACUUACUAGUCCAAUUGCAGAAAACUCACCAGAGACAGUAGUAGGUGUCUUUAGGAUUAGAGACAGAGAUUCAGGGAACAAUGCAAAGAUGGUGUGUUCCGUCCAAGACCAUCUCCCCUUCGUCCUGAAGCCAUCGGUAGAGAAUUUCUAC